AUGGUAACUAAAGUUUUUGGUAUAUCUCUAAUCUCUUUGUUGUUAAUUACUGGUGGUCUUUACUACUUCAACUCAAAUAAGAGUGCUCUUAAUGACUUCCAUGGAAAUUUGACUCCUACUGAACAUAUGCUUUGCAAAGCAUAAUAAUUCUAAGCUAACGAUUACAACAAGUGUAUCGUCAACUAUUAUGAUAAGGAAUGUCAACAAAAAUACUUCAGUUUCCUUAGUCAAUACAGACAAAAUGAAAAGAUUUUUUAUUAAAUCUACGAGGCUUAGCCUUUAGAUGUCAAGGCUGUUGUUGAUGGUUGGAAUCAAUCAUGCAAUACUUUCGAGCAUUAUUAGAGAUGUGGUGACGCUGAAUACUUGUUCACACAUUGCGUUUACUCAGGUGAAGAAUCUGAGUGCUCUAUUGAGAACUAGGAAUACAUCUAAGCUGCUUAUAAAUGUGGUGAUGUUCCUGAUGGAAUCCCUUUUUGGAAUGUAAAUCUCUACACAGCUGAAUGCAUGACUAAUAUUGUUAACUUAGCAAAGGGUUCUUUAGCUGAAGCUUUAGCCUGCAAAUGA